AGAAUAUGUAUAAGAAAAAUAUGAAAAAAAAAAGGAUAUAUGAAUUGUAGUUUAUAGAAGCCCAAAAAUCUACCAAUUUUAAUUUUUCAAAAGAAACCCAAAUAUCAAAACUUGCUCAGCCCAAUGCAGUCUCUGAAAAUAGUAAAUGACGGAAACAUCCCUCGUACGCGCCUAUUGUUCCCCAUCCUUGUAAAAGGUUAGAUCGGGUAUUAAACAAGAAAAACCCUAGCUAUAUUAUAUCAUCUCUUUACACUCUUUCAGUUUUACGAAAACCCUAGCCACCUUCUUUCCUACGCCAAAAUGCCGCCAAAAUUUGAUCCAAGCCAAGUCGUCGACGUCUUCGUCCGCGUCACCGGCGGUGAAGUCGGAGCAGCUAGUUCACUCGCUCCGAAGAUCGGUCCUCUCGGUCUCUCUCCCAAGAAGAUCGGAGAAGAUAUCGCUAAAGAGACCGCCAAGGAAUGGAAGGGUCUCCGCGUAACCGUCAAGCUCACUGUCCAGAACCGCCAGGCGAAGGUCAUGGUGGUACCGUCGGCGGCAGCGCUGGUAAUCAAGGCAUUGAAGGAACCGGAGAGGGAUAGGAAGAAGACCAAGAACAUCAAGCAUAACGGGAACAUCGGACUCGAUGACGUCAUAGAGAUCGCUAAAGUAAUGAGGCCGAGGUCCAUGGCUAAGGAUUUGAGAGGGACGGUGAAGGAGAUUCUGGGCACCUGUGUUUCCGUUGGGUGUACCGUCGAUGGUAAAGACCCUAAAGAUUUGCAGCAGGAGAUUGAUGAUGGUGAUGUUGAUGUUCCUCUCGAGUGAGUAAACUUCCUUUAUUACUUUUAAGAUCAUAUCUUUUUUAAUUUUGUUUAUCUGUAUGGUUUUGGAGAAUUUACGGAUAUUUUCUAUCAGAGAUUGUUUUUGAGGUUAAUUUUAGAUGAUGUUAACAUUUGUGGGUCAUCUUUAUGGCUAUAUAUGUGAUGUUUAGUUAUAUCCUCUGUUUGUCCUUUAUAUUGUAUUUUUUUCGUAAUGCAAGUCUUGGUAUUUUGCUUAA